CGCAUAGACAGGAGCCAAAGCCAGAUGAAUUGCGGUACAUUAUUUUUCAACUUCAAAAAUGCUAUUAAGCUUGAUGAUUUCGUGAAAACCUCUGUUGUCCUGGCGCCACGAUUUCUUUGUAUAAUAUACUUACAAGAUGAGCAAUGAACAAUCAACCUCCCGUGCUCGCCCAAACUAUGCGCCUUUAACCCAAGCCGAGCGCAACAAUGAAGAUUCGGAAUGGGUGACAACUCACAUGGUUGCUAACGAUCAAGAAGUGCUGAACCAAAUCAAAAUCAUAAUUGGUGGACACUUUCUUGGCAACUGGGCUACGUACACGGAUGUUGACCCCAAGGUCCGUGAACUUUGGUAGAACCUGUUCAAGGCCUGGUUUUGCUGGACUGAAGAACAAGACCCGCUAUUCUAAGGGCCCGCUAUUCUAAGGGCGUACAAUGCCAGAGUUUUAAACGGGCUUCGUCCCACUUUUAAGCGUGCUCGAGCCAGUGGGGUAAGGUCUCAAUGGUGUUCAGAUGAGGUAUGGGAAAACCUCGUCCGCCACUGGUCUUCGGAUCCGACUUUCUUGGCUAGAAGCGAAGCCGGGAAGAAAAAUCGGAUGUUCGAGAAGGCAUUGACGACACAAUGGCACGGAGGCCGCUAACCUCAUCGUAAACUUAAAGAAGCUCUUGCGGGGCCUCAAAAGAAGAGGGUUUCUAUCCUCAAGGUCAUCAAACAUUGUUGGACUCCGCACGGUGAUGAGUCGGAAGCCGAUCUGCCACCCCGCAUUGCUAAAAUCGAAACGAAGUAUAACGCAAAUGUUGAGAAGAAGCGGGCGGAACUAGGCUUAACGCAGGAAGAUGACAUCGAUUCUGAUGUGGAAGAUGAUGCGAUCCUUGAGGCAGCUGGGGUGUACAAGGGUCGGCUUCCGUGCCUCGGGGCUGAGGGGCAACGUAUUUUGUACGAUCGCAGUGGCAGCGGAGCUUCAUCAUCUUCUCGAUCUAGGCGGGGAGAGGAUCCACGCAUCGCCCAAUUGCAGCGAGAAUUGGAGGAGCUGCAGCGGGCAUUUGAACAGCAACGGAAGGAUGAUGAAGAAACAAGGGCCCGGUUGGAAGCAAUGGAACGGAUCGUUGUCGGAUAUCAGCCUUCGCCUCAGCCUCUUCCUCGGCCAUACAUGUUGGAUGUUGAGCAGACUCCUCAGGUUCCGCACAUGAGUCAUAUGGGUUAUCACUCUAACUCCGAAUAUGGUGCCAUGCCUGCAAUGGGUUCGACAUUUGGAUCUCUGUCGUCUGAUAUUCUCAAUCAGUUUCAAUCAUCCGGUGGAGGCAACCGAGGAAGCAACCGAGGAAGCAACCGAGGAGGCAACCGAGGAGGCAGUCGAGACAGUCGAGGAGGUACCCGACCCUUAGACACCGUGGAUGCUGAAGAGGAUCAUCAUCGUGAUUAUGAUGAUAAUGAUGAUGCAUAUGAUUAUGAUGAUUCUAAUUUUUAUCAUAAUGGAGUCCGACGUGCGGGCAUGUAAUAUUGUUUAACAUUGUAUGAAUUUUGUUUUUAUAAUUCAGUCUCUAAUAACAUUUUUUAUGUUUAACA